AUGAGUGCUUGUUUUCAAAAAUGCCGUUUAUGCUUAAAACUUGGUGAAUUCUGUUCCAUAUUUGAUCAGGACGAAUCUGUUAAAUUAUCUGAAAUGGUUAUGUCCUUUGCUAAUGUGCAAAUACACGAAGGUGAUGGACUAUCAGACCGCGUAUGUACUUCAUGUAUUGAGAAUUUAAGCACUGCUUACUUGUUUAAGCAACAAUGUGAACGGAUAGAUUACUUGCUAAGGAAGUCUCCAGACGUCAAUAUCAAGUCACCUCCAAAUGCAAAUUAUGAUGAUUUUUUCAACCAAGAGUUCCACAUUCAUACUGAGCUUAAUGAUCUAAAAGAUGACAAUGAAGAUAAUGGUUUCAUUAAUACUAGUUCAGACCAACCACUAACUAAGCAUCAUGAAAUCAGCGAUGAAACAGAUGAUAGUGAUGUUGAUUCUAUAAAAUGCGUUGGGUGCAGUCAGUCAUACAGCACCAAGGGUAUGCACACAUGUAAAACAACCUGCACAAUUGAACAAAACGACUUACAAAGGUCAUGCAGCGAUGAAACUUUAAUAGCUAAUGAUUGCACACAGAACAUAUCUUCAACACCAGUAACACCAACUUCACCUCGAUCUUCAUUUGUGAAUGUUUCUUGUGUACUCUGCACUAAAAAAUAUGAUCAAUAUGAUGAUUAUGUUAUACAUAUCAAUGAGUGCACAAUGAAUGUGAAACUUCAACAUUUUGUAUGCCCAAUAUGCCAUGAGAUGUAUACUGAAAAGCUGCUAUAUUUAAAACAUUUAAGGAUAACUCACUUUAUCAACAAUUCUCCAAAAACCAGUAUCAUUGAUAAUGGUGAGGACUGCGUUGAUUUCCCUAUAUACAGUAAAGCCAAGCCCAAGUCAGCCCGACGUCAGAUUGGUUGGUCAGUCGAAGAUAUUUAUCAAGAAAUUGAUUUCAAACCUGCUGAGCAGAAAUCGACACCGACCUCAAGUCCAUUGAAGAACUUUUUCUCUAAAUUGGGGAAUGAAACUUUUAGUCGCCAGAGCACCCCAAAAAAGGUUAGUUUUCGGAAACUUGUCGAAAAUGGCAAGGCAAAAGCUUCAAUUCAUUUGCCAUUUCAAAAAUAUAUACAAAAUUAUAAACUAAAAAAGAAAGCAACAGCAUAUAGUCCUAUUAAAGGGAAACUUCAGGUUGCUACUAAAAUUCAGGCUUGCCUACCAGAAAUUGUUUCAGACAGUGAUUACAAUUCACCCAGUGGCGCAUCAGAAGAUUCUUGGAAAUUGAAGCAAAAUUUAAUUUGUGCAUGUGAUAAGAAAGUCUUCAUGUUGUCAGAAUCAAUUAAGGACCGUGAAAGGAUUACCGCUAUGGUAAACGAACUAGGUGGCGUAGUUGCGGAAAACACUAAAAUGGAAAUGUUAGCAACUCACUUUAUAUGUUUGUUACCGAAUGAUACAUUUACUGGCAUGAUGGUUUGUGCUCUCGCUACCGGCAAGUGGCUACUUAGCAUCAAUUUUAUCUACGACAGCUUUAGAUGCAAGAAGUUCAUGCAGGAAUCUCUCUAUGAAUGGAUGAAACACCCGAAAAUAUUAGAAAUCGAUAGCACAAGCGUGGAGGUUGCAAGAGCCGCUGUCUACUGGCAUUUAGAACUGCAGAAUCUUGAUGCGAGAUUUCCAUUCGAAGGAAAACAAGUUGUUCUUAUCAUGAAGAAGAAGUACAGACAAUAUUACCAAAUGAUAUUCAAAACGCUGAAAGCAAAACCAAUCACUUACGAUCCUAGGACCCCAGGCAGCUGCUGCACGGCAGACUACUGUUUCGUCGAUAUGAACAUCAUUCAGAGGGUGAAGCUUCGUUUUUUCGCUCGGCACAAUGUUCCCGUUUUCCCUUACCAAUACGUUCUUGUUUAUCUGUUGAAACGAGGUCGCGUUGAAGACGAAUAUAAAUAUCUCCUGCAAGACUGCAAGAAAAUAAUCUCACCGGACACAAUGCAUUUAUUAAACGACACGUUUUAAGAUUAUGCACAAAUUAAAAAAAAAAGACUUAUCCUUUAAGACAUUAUUAAUUAUAUUAAAAGUUUAGUUAGUAAUACGUUAAUAUCAAAUUUAAGUCCCUUUUUUAGAUAAGAGAAGGGAGGGAAUGAGACGGGAAACAGCAAUAUGUUGAUAAUUUAGGUAAAAUAAAACAUAUUAUAUAAUAAUUAUGAUUUGUCCAUAAAAAUUAGUUGUGUACAAACAAGAUUAAAUAUAAAUUGAGAAAUAAAUAACUAUUACAUAAAAAUGUUAUUCGAAUUAAGAAUAUUUGUAUAAUAUGAUGAUUUAUGAAUGUUAUUUGAUUGAUUAUUGUAAUAAUUGUAAUUUCGAAGUCGCUUAUAUAUAUAAAAAAGCAAAUUGUUAAAUAUCGGAAACAGGGGUGUGUUGAAAAUACGUACGUACAAGAUUACAUAAGGAGUUUCUUAAAAUCAUAUAUGUUAUUAGAUAGGACACGAAUGGAUCAGGAAUAGCUUGUGUUCAAUUAGUACUCCUUUUAACUAUAAUUUUAUCGUUGAUGCCCUACGCGGCUCUAUUGAAAUAUUACUGCACGCGAUGUUCACCACAUAGUUGUUUUUUUGAAUUAACUUGGUGUUAAUUUUAACUACGGAGGUCCUGUCACCACAUCUCCCGCACCGAACGCUACCUCUGUUCACUGGUAGGCUUCUAGAAACAUUUCGAAAUUUAGGAAAUCAUAAAGUUGGGCAGAAGAAAGCUAAGAAAUCUAAGCCGCAAUAUCAAUGAAAUAAAAAAAUAUAUUUUAGAAAUCGGAAUUGUUCUAAUUGCCUUAAUGUUUUUAUUUUAAAGAACUUGAUUUAUGUUUUGUUAAACGAAAAAAAAAUUAUAACUUAAAUAAUAUAACGUAGUAGAUAUAUAUACGUGACAGAAGUGGAACUUCUUUGACUAGAGAGAAAGGAACGAGAUCUAUUCAAAUUUUUUAGCAUUCAUUGCACUCGUAAAGUAUGCAAAUUGCAUUAGCUUCCUGUAUUAGAUCAAAUAUUUAAUGUAUUCGCAAAUAUAUAAAAAAUACACUACACAUUAACACAACAACAUAUGUAUAUACAGGGUAUUACAAAAGUACCCGUUAAUCCGAAAGGAGGUUAAAUGAGGUCUUAUAACGAGUCCAGCCACAAUAUUUAAGAACCGUAGUAACGCUGUAUGACAUAAUAUCCCAAAAAUAUUGUUUUCACUGAUGUGUAAACCCUAUUUCAGUAAAAUUAAAGUCAACUACGCAGAAUGUACCUACAUUUGAAAAAAACUCGAAACAGUCGUAGGAUAUCGAUUAGAAGAUUUGAAAUUGACAUCAUACAUGUUUUUUCCAACUUGACAUUUUUUUAAGCCAGUACUUGAAUAUAAUGACAUCCUUGCAGCAAACAUGAAUGAAAAAUAGAAAUACUAUUAAAGUAGACAAUUAUUAAGUAAAAUAGGUACGUAGGCCUUUCUGAUAAAUAAUCUUGUUCCCUGACAUUAUAUUAUAUAUAAUGUACAUUAAUUAUAUUUUUAGGGAGUAUUUUGUAACACAUUGUAUAUGUAUUGAAUCAAUAAGACAGCUAAGAGUCAUUUCCCGAUCAUUAAAAACCGAAAAUUUUACGGAAUUUUUGCUAUUCUGGUUACACAUGUCUUAUUUACAAAUAGAUCCUUUAGGUACCCACCGAUUUUUACUAAAUAAAUAAUACACGAAGUGCAGUUCCGCUACGAGAAUUCAAAUGCCUUAUUGAGUUACUAAAAAAUUUAACGUUUGUGAUAUUACGAAAAUCAUGCCCACAGACUUUAGCUAUUGCAAAUUUUAAUAAUUGUUAUCAUGUACAUAUACGAUUGUGUGUAUUAAAUUCUCUUGCAUGUCGACAUCGGUGAACAUUUGAUUUCCUGCUUCUCGAUUUUAGCUGUAAGAAAGAAAAAAAAUGUGUUGGUAUUGUGCUGACUACCGUCUAAUUAAUUAAAAAAAAAUAUGACAGCUACAUAAGUUUCUUAACACACAAAGAACUAACAGUAUCUUGGGGUCUGGCAAUUGUUUGUUUGUUUGACUUGGAUUUUCAUCUUUACGAUAAGAUGAGCCCAGUCUAGUUCUCUAUGACUUUGCGUACCAUAUUGCGUAGAAUCAACUACAUGCUCUUUAGCGAUUAUUAGGAUUAUACAUAUGUCCAAUUUUAUAAAAUAGCUAGAGCUCUCUAGAUUAUAUUGUCAAACGAAAUAUGUACUACCUCUCAAUAAAAACUAGCUAAUUGUGUAGGCAUUGUUGACGCUAGUGUUAGUGUUUAUAGAAAAACGAAGACUUGGUAGAGAAUGUAAUUAUUAAAUAGCACUUUUAUUUAAAAAAUAUGGUCGACAAAGACUUGAGCGUUGUUGUUGAAAUAAUUUAUCGUUGACAUUCUUUAGUGACGUCCUCAAGGAUUUUACUGUAAUGCUAAAGCGAUUUACCAUAAAAGUAAAAUACUUUAUGACUUGCUUGUCUAUGAAUAGAGUUUGUUUUUGUUGAUCGGAUAUAUUUCUCAUUAACAACAUGAUGUAAUUUAAUUAUAAUAAAAAAUGGACAUAGUGAAAA